UGCUAUGGCUGCUCGAGGGCCGUAUGAGAUAGGUGGCAAAUGUUGCAGUGGCUCAGUUUAUCCCCAGAGCAUCCUCUACCAAAUCCUCAACAAUGAAGAGCGAUGGAAGGAAGAAUGGCACCCCCAGCAUUCCCCCCUUCCCUUUCCGUUUCCAAAUAUUGGCUGCCCGUGUGAGGUAAACCGAAGAGUCAUCCUGAAAAUGCCGGGCGUCACCUGCAACAGAGCAUCAGAGGUGCUUCUGAAAACUAUCACUUUCAUAAGAAAGCUGCCUUCUUUUUUUCAGUUGCCCCUGGAGGACCAGAUCCUCUUGAUACGACAGGGCUGGGCACCCCUCUUCCUACUGGGUUUGGCUCAAGAACGGGUGGACUUUGAACUCUUAGAGACCUCAGUCCCCAGCCUCUUGAAAGCAGUCCUCCUUAAUCAGUCUCCUGCAGGUGAAUACCACUUAAAACCGGAGAACUCUCCUUUAGGAGCAUCACUAGCAGAAGUUCAGAAGAUUAAGGAUUUCUUGGGGAAGUUCUGGAAUGCAGACAUUUGUGCAAAAGAAUAUGCCUAUCUUAAAGGAAUUGUUCUAUUUAAUCCUGACCUCCACGACUUAAAAUACCACCAUUAUGUCCAGGCCCUUCAACAGGAAGCUCAGCACACUCUGGUAGAGUUUGUCUCAAUGACUCAUAGCAGAAGCAGGAGGAGAUACGUUUGGAUGUUGGAAUUGCUUGGUUUUCUGAGGACCUUCAGCCCAGAUACCAUUGGAGAACUCUUCUUCAAACCCAUCUUGGGUGAUGUCGACUUAAACACCUUACUUCUGGAAACACUUUACACCAAACAGGACCUUAUUUGACAUCUGAUGAGACAUCACAGAAGACCAGGACUAUCAUCAAAAGGGGCAGGUUCCCCAGAACAAUAGGAAAUCUUGCUUUCUGUGCAUUGGAAUCUGUCUCCUCCCCAUAGCUGCCAAGUUUUCCCUUUUCUCGCGAGGAAGCCUAUUCAGCAUAAUGGAAAAUCCAUUAAAAAAAGGGAUAACUUGGGAGCUAUGCUCCUCCCCUGUGGAGAACCCCAACACACUGUAGGACUC